AUCGACAUCUCCGACAUCCCCCCCACGCCAAUCACCCACCUCUCCGAAAUCGAGGCCGCCAUGACCGAGUCCGUCUCCAAAUUCGCCGCCGACGUCGUCCUCCCCAAGGCCCGCGACAUGGACGAGGCCGAAACCAUGGACCCGGCCCUCGUCGAGCAGCUCUUCGAGCAGGGCCUCAUGGGCAUCGAGAUCCCUGAGGACUACGGCGGCGCGGGCAUGAACUUCACCUCGGCCAUCAUCGCCAUCGAGGAGCUCGCCCGCGCCGACCCCAGCGUCAGCGUCAUGGUCGACGUGCACAACACGCUGUGCAACACGGCCAUUCUCAAAUGGGGCUCCGAGCACGUCAAGCGCACCUACCUGCCGCGCCUGGCCACCGACACCGUCGCCUCCUUCUGCCUCUCCGAGCCCGUGUCCGGCUCCGACGCCUUUGCCAUGGCCGCCCGCGCCACCGAGACCGCCGACGGCUUCGUCCUCAACGGCUCCAAGAUGUGGAUCACAAACUCCAUGGAGGCCGGCGUCUUCCUCGUCUUUGCCAACCUCGACCCCUCAAAGGGCUACAAGGGCAUCACCGCCUUCAUCGUCGAAAAGGGCACCGACGGCUUCUCCAUUGCCAAGAAGGAAAAGAAGCUCGGCAUCCGCGCCAGCAGCACCUGCGUCCUCAACUUUGACGACGUCCACAUCCCCAAGGAGAACAUCCUCGGCGAGCGCGGCCAGGGCUACAAGUACGCCAUCAGCAUCCUCAACGAGGGCCGCAUCGGCAUCGCCGCCCAGAUGACCGGCCUCGCCCUCGGCGCCUGGGAAAACGCCGUCAAGUACUGCUGGAACGACCGCAAGCAGUUCGGCUCCCUCAUCGGCGAGUUCCAGGGCAUGCAGCACCAAUUCGCCCAGGCCUACACCGAAAUCGCCGCCGCCCGCGCCCUCGUCUUCAACGCCGCCCGCAAGAAGGAGGCCGGCGAGGACUUUAUCAAGGACGCCGCCAUGGCCAAGCUCUACGCCUCCCAGGUUGCCGGCCGUGUAAGUGGUCUCGGCGUCGAGUGGAUGGGCGGCAUGGGCUUUGUCCGCGAGGGUCUGGCCGAGAAGUUCUUCCGCGACAGCAAGAUUGGUGCCAUUUACGAGGGCACCAGCAACAUCCAGCUCAACACCAUUGCCAAGCUGCUGCAAAAGGAGUACACCAACUAA